CCCACGCUGCUSGAGUCCGCCUGGCCCCUCGGCCCCCAAGGAGCCCUUCCCGCGACAGCUAGGCGAUGCCGCGCAGCCGGCAGCCGAGGGUCCGCUCCGGGAACGAGCCUCGCCCCGCGCCCGACAUGGAACCGGCGGGUGACGGGGCCUGGGCCCACAGCCGCGCCGCGCUCGACCGCCUGGAGAAGCUGCUGCGCUGCUCGCGCUGCACUAAUAUUCUGAGGGAGCCCGUGUGUUUAGGAGGGUGUGAGCACAUCUUCUGUAGUGAUUGUGUAAGUGAUUGUGUUGGAACUGGAUGUCCAGUGUGUUACACUCCAGCCUGGAUACUAGAUGUCAAGAUCAACAGACAGUUGGAUAGCAUGAUCCAGCUUUGUAGUAAGCUUCGGAAUUUGCUACAUAACAAUACGCUUUCAGAUUUGAAAGAUGAUACAUCUAGAACAAAUAUAUUCAAUGAUUCGGAAAACAAGAAGAAUUCAAUAAAGAUGUGGUUUAGUCCUCGAAGCAAGAGGGUCAGAUAUGUUGUGAGUAAAGUUUCAGUGCAGACCCAGCCUCAAAAAGUAAAAGAUGAUAGAACUCAGCAAGCAUCAAUGUAUGAAUUUGUUUCUUCAAGUCCUCCUGUAGUUGUUCCUAAGAGGGCUAAAAAGGCUUCUACAACAUCUGCAAAGAAGCAAAAAAAGAAAACUUUAGCUGAAAUCAACCAAGAAUGGAAUUUAGAAGUAGAAAAAGAAGCUGGUGAACUUGACUCCAAAGAGGAAUUUAAGGAAAGGGUGGUAUCCUUCUGUAGCUCACCAUCAGUUAUCACUAGUCCACAGAUAAAUGGUGAAAUAGACUUAUUAGCAAGUGGCUCUGGAACAGAAUCUGAAAGCUUUGGAAGCUUAACUGAGGUCUUUUUACCAUUGGCUGAGCAUAUAGAGUCUCCAGACCUUGAGGGGAAGAAUGAGGUGACUCCUGAGGAGAAAGAGGUCACUGACAGUGAUCUUACAACUAAGGCAGCUUUGGUCUCCGGUCUCCCUGGCAAACGUGGGUGUUGUCGCAGGUUGUCUGGCUCCACGUCUAAGAGAUGUAAAAGCAGCAUUCCAAGCACCAGUGGAGAUUUCGUUAAGCAAACAGUUCUCUCAGAAAACAUCCCAUUGCUUGACUGUUCCUCCCCACCUCCCAGCAAACUUAAAGGGGAUGACAUGACGAAGAGGAAAAACAGUAAUACAUCAGAUGAGUCCAUUAGCCUUUCACCAUGUACACCACCAUCUACACUGAAUAGUUCAAGUUACCGACGAAUGAUGUUGAGCCCCUCUGCAAGGAAGCUGUUUCCUGGUAGCUCUAUGGUUGGGAAAAGAAACCAUAGAGGAGAAACUUUGCUUCAUAUUGCUUCUAUCAAGGGUGAUGUUGCUUCUGUUGAAUACCUCUUGCAAAACGGAAGUGAUCCGAAUGUUAAAGACCAUGCUGGAUGGACACCAUUGCACGAAGCCUGCAACCAUGGGCACCUGAAGGUAGUGGAAUUGCUGCUCCAACAUAAGGCAUUGGUGAACACCACUGGCUACCAGAAUGACUCACCACUUCAUGAUGCAGCCAGGAAUGGGCACGUGGAUAUAGUCAGGUUGUUACUGUCCUGUGGAGCCUCCCGGAAUGCAGUUAACAUAUUUGGUCUGCGGCCUGUGGAUUAUACAGACAAUGAAAAUAUGAAAUCAUUAUUGCUGCUACCAGAGAAGAAUGAAUCAUCCUCAACUAGCCAUUGCUCAGUUGUGAAUACAGGGCAGCGUAGAGAUGGACCACUUGUGGUUAUAGGCAGUGGACUUUCUUCAGAACAACAGAAAAUGCUCAGUGAACUUGCAACAAUUCUUAAGGCUAAAAAAUGUGCUGAGUUUGACAGUACAGUAACUCAUGUCAUUGUACCUGGUGAUGAAGUUCAGAGUACUCUGAAGUGUAUGCUUGGAAUUCUUAAUGGAUGCUGGAUUCUAAAGUUUGAAUGGGUGAAGGUCUCUCUACAAAACAAAGUAUGUGAACAGGAAGAAAAGUAUGAAAUUCCUGAAGGCCCACAGAGAAGCAGGCUUAACAGAGAACAGCUGUUGCCAAAGCUAUUUGAUGGAUGUUACUUCUAUUUUGGGGGAACCUUCAAACAUCACCCAAAGGACAACCUUAUUAAGCUUGUCACUGCAGCAGGGGGCCAGAUCCUCAGUAGAAAACCUAAGCCAGACAGUGAUGUGACUCAAACCAUCAAUACAGUUGCGUACCAUGCCAAGCCCGAUUCUGAUCAGCGCUUCUGCACACAGUAUAUCAUCUAUGAGGAUUUGUCUAAUUAUCGCCCAGAAAGGGUUCGUCAGGGCAAAGUCUGGAUGGCUCCUUCAAGCUGGUUUAUAGACUGUGUGAUGUCCUUUGAGUUGCUUCCUCUUGACAGCUGAAUAUCAUACCAGAUGAACAUUUCAAAUUGAAGUUGCACAGUUGUGUGAACUUAGCACAAUCUUUGAUCAUUCACAUUUUUACAGAUAGGUAGACUCAUUCACAUUACUACUACUAC